GAGUCAAUGAGAGAAGUGAAAGAUUCUUCCUUAGUUGUUAAUCUUCUCAAAAUCUACAUGCACAACCUAGAUUCAAGCCAAUGCGUCAUUUGUUCAGAACACCCCAAGACGGAAGCAUUGGUAGAGACAACACAUCAGAAAUCGAAAGACCAACGUCAGCAUGAAGGGUUUUAUCCUUCUGUUCCUGGGAAUACGCCACCAUCAUGCAGCAUUUGGUGGAGACCACUAUAUCCAGUAUAUGUAUGGCUGCUCAUGGGAUGAUGAGACUGGAGAAGCAGAUGGGUUUAGACAACUGGGUUAUGAUGGGGAGGACUUCCUUGUGUACGACAUGAAGAGGUUCACUUGGAUCGCUCCUAAACAGCAAGCUGUGUUCACUCAGCACAAGUGGAACAGUGACCAAGCUGGACUGGUAUUCUGGAAGAACUACAUCUCCCAGACCUGCAUUGACUGGCUGAAGAAGUAUCUGGACUAUGGGAAGAGCACUCUGAUGAGGACAGUCUCUCCCUCAGUGUCUCUGAUCCUGAAGACCCCUUCCUCUCUAGUGACCUGCCACGCUACAGGUUUCUACCCCAGUGGAGUCAUGGUGUUCUGGCAGAAAGACGGGCAAGAACAGCAUGAAGAUGUGGAGCAUGGAGAGACACUCCCCAACAAUGAUGGAACCUUCCAGAAAAGUACCCACCUCACAGUGACGCCUGAGGAGUGGAAAAACAACAAGUAUCAGUGUGUGGUUCAGGUCACUGGUAUCAAGGAGGACUUCAUCAUGGUUCUGACUGAGUCUGAGAUCAAGACCAACUGGGUUCGGGUGAUUACAGAUGACCCAGCCCACAACAUUGUCCCCCACAUUGGAGUGGUUUUAGCUGUCCUGGCCAUAAUUUGCUGUUGUUGGGUUUGCCAUUGGAAGAAGAAGCAGAGCGAGAAAUGUGAGCUGACUGGGACAACUCUGGAAAGGGUCUCCUGAAGACUUGAGAGACCUCUCUGCACUUCUGUAACGUCAGAGACAAUGACCCAACACACCUCCAGGCUGUGUAAGGGCUAU